AUGGCGCGUCGCGGUGAUGAACCGACGGUUCGGAUCUUGAUGCUCGGAGCGGCCGGGGUAGGCAAGAACUGCCUCGAAUCGAGGUUCACCACCAUGACAUAUCCGCCCGUGUACAACCCGGCCUUGACGCUCAACAGUAGGCGCUACCUCACACUCUCACGGCACCAGCACACUCGGCCCGAGGGGUCUACUCAACUGCUUCGAACCUCGAAAAGUCUUGACGGCUUUGGGAACAACGUCGGAGCUGGAGGGACAAGCUACUCCCCAGGCCUCUCAGGGGCUUCUCCUACUUCGGCACCCGAACAACAACACAGACACAAGACCACACCAAACCAGGAAAUACCGCACCGGCCGUCUUCUCCAAACAGAGAAACGGAAUCCGGCGCCGGCGAGACGUAUCUCGUCGAACUGAUCAACGACCCCUCUCUUCAGGACCCCAAGCACCGAGCGCGGGUGCUUGCAAAAGGCGAGUACGACGCAAUCCUGCUCGUCUACGACAUCGGCAACCGCGAGUCCUUCGAUGCGAUUUCCAGCCUGCACAGCGAGAUUCCCCGGCGAAAAUCUCCGCGGAAGAACCCGCCUGGCGCGGUCCGCCGUUCGCGGAGCAGCAUCUUCGGGAACGGCGCGAUAUCAGGCACGGCAAACCGACGAGGAGACGGCCGGACUGUCGUCGCGUUGGUGGGGAACAAGAGCGAUCUCGACGAUGAGCCGGACAGCCCCUGUCCCGCAACAGACACAGAUCCUCCAGCGGGGGACACGGAAGAGGACGGCCUCAUGCGCUCAAUCCCCGAGAAAGUCGCCGCCGCCGCCGCCGACGACGAGGAGGCUCGUCCGCUUUUGAAUCCCGCCGAUAACAUCUCACUCCCACAACUCGACAGCCGCAGCCCGCGCUCGGCGCUCCUCCCCUCGCCAUCGCGGUCCGAGCACCUGCCCUCUUCCUCCUCUGGCGCAGGGGAUUCGCCAGCAGCGGCGCAGCAGUCUCCGUCCUUUCUCCCGGACAGACACAUAACCAUCGCAGCGCUCACCCCGCGCCGCCGGCUACCUCACCAGCCUGCUCACCAGGAGCCGCUUCUUCCUGACGACCGAGCGCAGCGACGACAGGUCUCCCGCGCCGAGGGCCUCGCCCUCGCGCGGGCGCUGCACGCCAGCACGCCGUUUGUUGAGGCUAGCGCGCGGACGGGCGCCAAUGUGGAGGCGGCGUUUGAGGCAGUCGUGCGGGCCGUGGUGGAGGGGCGAGGGGAGCAGGAACAGGGGAAGGAGCAGGAGCGGGCGCAGGAGCGGGCGCAGGAGCGGGCGCAGGAGCGGGGGGAGGGGCAGAGCACGGGGAGGGAAGAGCAGCCCGGUCGUGGGAUGAUGGAGGUUUUGGGGGGUGCAGAUGAGAGUGGGGGUGGGAAGAAGAGGAAGGGGCGGUUGCGGAAGGGGAGGAGGCGAGGGAGUGAACAUCAAUCAGAGGCGAUAGGGGCGGUCGGAGACGGGGCUGGUGGCCGGAAGAAGUACAACGAGAUUGAGGAAUCGCCGUUGGAAGAGGGCACCGAAGCUCCGGUAGGGCAAAGGCAGCGGCGGGAGAGCGUGCUGAGGCGGCUCGCCGAUGUGUUCAGGAUGUGGACGGCGGUUGCGCUGGCGGACAGUGGCUUGUGA